AUGAAAAAUCAUAUAUUAGAAAUAGAAAAUCGAACUCAAGAUUUAGAAGGUCAAAUUGAAUUUUUACAAAAAGAAAGAAAAGAAACAAUAAAACGUCGUACAAUUGCAGAAAUGUUAAUACCUACGAUUAAAGAAAUUCGAACAAUGAUGAUGCAUGAAAAUAUUCCUGAUUCUUAUUAUACAAAAGCAAUUAUCAAUGCCUGCUUAUUACAUGGCCAUAAUAACACUAUAUCUUGGGAAAUAGCUGAUUUUAAUCGAGCUAAUUAUCCAAUAAAUUUUAAUAUUAAUAUAUUAUAUCAAAUGGAAUCAAUAAUUAAAAAUAAAGCCAAUGUUUUAAAUAUCAAUUAUGAUACAUUACUUGAACUGAUGUUAAACAAAAUCGAUAGCAACGAAAUCGAACAUGAUUCAAUUAAAACAUUUUUUGGAAAUCGUUCACAUAAUAAUGUAUCGUUUCACUCAUAUUUACAAUCGCUCUGUAUCAUCGAUACAUUUAAUACUAAUGAAAAACUCUGUUUGGAAAUAUUAUACCGACAUCAUUUUGUUGAUUAUUAUUAUGGUGGUCAAUAA